CACAGUCAAAUCUGUCUCUCUCCCACACGCUGUGGUUUGUUUGCUCAGCCUGCAGCGACUGGGACGUCUGCUGGUAGCAGCAGCAGCAGCAGUAGUAGAGAGUGGUGCGCCGGCUUUGUGAGAGGUUUGGGAGGAAAAAGCUCCAGAGAACAGAAGGCAGAAGAAAGCGUCGGAGCGCGAGGGAGCGCCAGACGUGCGGAUCAUGGCCAGGAGAGGCUACUCCGGAGGCUGGAAGUGGGCGCCGCUGUUCCUGCUGUUUUGCGCCCUGGUCUGCGGCCGUUCCAGCGCCUGUCCCGCGCUGUGCACCUGCAGUGGCACCACCGUGGACUGCCACGGGCUUGGGCUCAAGAGCGUUCCCAGGAAUAUACCCCGGAACACGGAGAGACUGGAACUGAAUGGAAAUAACUUCACCCGCAUCAACAAGAAUGACUUUGCUGGACUCAAAUACCUCCGUGUUCUACAACUGAUGGAAAACCAGAUUGGAGCCAUUGAGCGAGGGGCCUUCGACGACAUGAAAGAGCUGGAGAGACUACGGCUAAACAGGAACCAACUCCACCAGCUCCCAGAGCUACUGUUCCAGAAGAACGCUGCUUUGUCACGACUAGAUCUUAGCGAGAACUUCAUCCAGGCUAUUCCCCGCAAGGCCUUUCGUGGAGCUACAGACAUCAAGAACCUUCAGCUGGACAAGAACCACAUCAGCUGUAUCGAGGACGGAGCCUUCCGUGCACUUCGGGGACUGGAGGUUUUAACGCUGAACAACAACAACAUCAGUGGCAUACCGGUGUCGAGUUUCAACCACAUGCCCAAGCUGAGGACCUUCCGCCUGCACUCGAAUAACCUGAACUGCGACUGCCACCUCUCCUGGCUGUCCCAGUGGCUGCGUCAGAGGCCCACCCUCGGUCUGUUCACGCAGUGCUCCUCCCCGGCCCAGCUCCGCGGGAUCAACGUGGCUGAGAUCCAGAAACACGAGUUCACCUGCUCAGGUCAUUCGGAAAAUUCCAGCCCCCAGUCAUGCAAUCUAGCUGCUGGCUCCUGUCCGGCCAUGUGCACCUGCAGCAAUAACAUCGUGGACUGCAGGGGCAAAGGACUGACGGCCAUCCCAGCCAAUCUGCCCAACAGCAUGGCUGAGAUACGACUAGAACAGAACGGCAUCAAGUCCGUCCCUCCCGGAGCGUUCUCCCCCUACAAGAAGCUGCGGAGAAUAGACCUCAGCAACAACCAGAUCUCUGAGAUCGCUCCCGACGCCUUCCAAGGUCUGCGUUCCCUCAACUCGCUGGUCCUGUACGGGAAUAAGAUCACCGAGUUGCCCAAAGGAGUGUUUGACGGGCUCUACGCCCUCCAGCUGCUUCUUCUGAAUGCCAAUAAGAUCCACUGCGUGCGCGCCAACGCGUUCCAGGACCUGCAGAACCUCUCUCUGUUGUCACUGUACGACAAUAAAAUCCAGACUCUGGCUAAGGGCACCUUCGCCUCCCUGCGUGCCAUUCAGACUCUUCAUCUGGCUCAGAACCCUUUCAUCUGCGACUGCAAUCUCAAGUGGCUGGCCGACUACCUCCGUUCCAACCCGAUUGAGACCAGCGGCGCGCGAUGCGCUAGCCCUCGCCGCCUCGCCAACAAGCGCAUCGGCCAGAUCAAGAGCAAGAAGUUCCGCUGUUCUGCCAAAGAGCAGUACUCCAUUCCAGGGACUGAGGACACCAGGUUGAACAACGAGUGCAACAACGACCCGGUCUGUCCAGCCAAGUGCCGCUGCGAGUCCAACGUGGUGGACUGCUCCAACCUGCGUCUCACCAAGAUCCCUGAACACAUCCCAGCCUCCACCACUGAGCUCCGUCUCAACAACAAUGAGAUCACAUCUCUGGAGGCCACCGGCGCGUUCAAGACUCUAACGCAGCUGAAAAAAAUAAACCUCAGCAAUAAUAAGAUUUCAGAAAUCGAGGAUGGUGUGUUUGAGGGCGCUUCUUCGGUCAACGAGCUGCACCUGACGGCCAAUCAGCUGGACUCCGUACGCAGUAGCAUGUUCAAGGGUCUGGAGGGUUUACGGAUGCUAAUGCUCCGCAACAACCGUAUCAGCUGCAUUCACAACAACAGCUUCACCGGCCUGCACAACGUCCGUCUGCUGUCUCUCUACGACAACCAGCUGACCACCAUUACGCCUGGAGCCUUCGACACCCUUCAGACCCUCUCUACUCUGAACCUGCUGGCCAACUCCUUUAACUGCGACUGCCGGCUGGCAUGGCUGGGCGACUGGCUGCGGAGCCGCAAGAUCGUCACAGGGAACCCACGCUGCCAACGCCCGGCCUUCCUGAAGGAGAUCCCGCUGCAAGAUGUGGCUCUGCCAGAUUUCCGCUGCGAAGAAGGCCAAGAGGAUGCCAGCUGUAUGCCCCGCCCACAGUGCCCCAGUGAGUGUACUUGCCUGGAGACGGUGGUGCGCUGUAGCAACAAGCACCUGCGCGCCCUCCCCAAAGGCAUUCCCCGCAACGUUACUGAGCUGUACCUGGACGGCAACCAGUUUAGCAUGGUGCCAAAAGAACUCGCCGCCUUCAAGUAUCUGCAGCUGGUUGACCUGAGUAACAACAAAAUCAACUCCUUGACGAAUUCCUCCUUCGCCAACAUGAGUCAACUCACCACCCUGAUCCUGAGUUACAACGCCCUUCGCUGCAUUCCAGCCCUUGCCUUCUCGGGCCUUCGUUCCCUCCGCUUGCUGUCCCUGCAUGGUAACGACAUCUCGGAGCUUCCUGAUGGGAUCUUCAGUGACGUGGUGUCCCUGUCGCACCUGGCUAUCGGUGCCAAUCCCCUGUACUGCGACUGCCGCCUGCGCUGGCUGUCAGACUGGGUGAAGACAGGCUACAAGGAGCCGGGGAUCGCCCGCUGCACUGGCCCACAUGGCAUGGAGGGCAAACUGCUCCUCACCACACCUGCCAAGAAGUUCGAGUGCCAAGGUGACAUAGACCCUACCAUCCUGGCCAAGUGUCACCCAUGCCUGUCCAGCCCCUGUCUGAACCACGGCACGUGCCAGACAGAUGCCACCGAACUCUAUAAGUGUGCCUGUACAGAGGGCUUCAAGGGAAAGAACUGCGAGACUGCUCUCAACGCCUGUGUCAGUAACCCAUGCGCUAACGGCGGAAAGUGCCAGGUCACAGGAGAAGGAGACGCCUUCACCUGUUUCUGCCCGCUCGGCUUCGAAGGGCCAAGCUGUGAGAUCAACAUCGAUGACUGUGAGGACAACGACUGCGAGAACGGUGCCACCUGCGUAGACGGGGUCAACAACUACACAUGCCUGUGUGCCCCCUACUACACAGGAGAGAUGUGUGAAGAGAUGGAAGACAUGUGUGCUCCUGGACGCGGUCCCUGCAAACACCAGUCAACCUGUCUCAUCACUGCAACAGGCCCCAAGUGUGUCUGUGCGCCUGGAUAUGUAGGCGAUGACUGCAGCGUGGACUACGACGACUGUCAGGAACACAAGUGCCAGAACGGCGCAGAGUGUGUGGACGAGAUCAACGGCUACUCCUGUGCCUGCACCAGGGGCUACAGUGGUCAGCUGUGUGAAAUCCCCCCCGCCCCGCGCUCCCUCUGUGACCUGGCCGACUGCCAGAACGAGGCCCCGUGUGUGGAGCAGGCAGGACGCGCACUCUGCCAGUGUCUCCCUGGCUUCGGCGGGCCGCGCUGCGAAAAACUAGUCAGCGUCAACUUCGUGGAUCGAGACUCGUACUUGCUGCUGAGCGACCUGAAGAACUGGCCCCAGGCCAACAUCACACUGCAGGUGUCCACUGCAGAGGACAACGGCAUCCUCCUGUACAAUGGAGACAAUGACCACAUAGCCGUGGAGCUCUACCAAGGUCACGUUAAGGUCAGCUACGACCCUGGCAGUCAGCCAGGCCAUGCCAUCUAUAGCACCGAGACCAUCAAUGAUGGUCAGUUCCACACAGUGGAGCUGGUGACCUUCGACCAGAUGGUAAACCUGUCCAUCGACGGUGGCCUGCCCACCACCAUGGAUAGCUUUGGCAAACUGCGGCCCCUGAACGGAGAGGCUCCGCUAUACGUGGGGGGUAGGGGCCCACCGCAGAUACCUACCUCCACCGCAGGCAUGCCCCUGGACGUGCACUCCUCGGCCCUGCGCAUGUGGCAGAUCCAGAACGGUUCCAGCUUCCACGGCUGCAUCCAGAACCUAUACAUCAACAACGAGCUGCAGGACUUCACCAAGACCCAGAUGAAGCCUGGCGUGGUGCCGGGAUGCGAACCCUGCCGAAAGAUCUACUGCCUGCAUGGCAUCUGCCAGCCAGAUGCCGCCGCAGGCCCCGUGUGCCACUGCCAGCCGGGCUGGAGCGGGCCGAACUGCGAUCAGCCGACUGCAAAUCCUUGCCAGGGCAGCAAGUGUGUGCACGGAAAAUGCAUUCCUGCAGACAUGCAGUCCUACCGCUGUGAGUGUCAGGAGGGUUAUCGUGGUGCCCUGUGCAACCAGCAGGGGGAGCUCUUCAACCCAUGCAGAAGGCUACAGUGCAGACAUGGCCGCUGUCAAAUCUCAGACUCGGGUGAUGCUUACUGCCACUGCGAGAGCGGCUACACCGGAGAGUUAUGCGACACAGAAUCAGAGUGCCGCGGGGAGCAGGUCCGGGACUUCUACCAGGUGCAGCGCGGCUACGCCAUCUGCCAGACCACGCGCAUGGUGUCAUGGGUGGAAUGCACCGGAGCCUGCGACACGGGCGCCUGCUGCGCCAGCCAGAGAAUGAAGCGCCGGAAAUACACCUUCGAGUGCAGCGACGGCACCUCCUUCAGCGAAGAAGUGGAGAAGACGAUCAAAUGCGGCUGCGUGGGGUGCAUGUAGCAUGCCCCUUCCCCCCCUGCUAACGUGUGACCCCACAACCCUACCCCGCCGCCGUCGCAGAGUCAGAGAGAAACUGGAGGGGGAGCGAGAGAGUGAGAGAGAGAGCGAGAGCGAGAGAGCCAGCGCGAGUAAGAGAGUAUACAGAAAUAUAUAUUAAAAACCUAUCUAUAUAUUAUGGACAACGAUGUUUGUAAAAUAUAGGACUUUUCCUCCCUGUCCAAGGGGUGUUAUGGCAUCAGACAAAAAAGAACAGAACAUCAAAAUGCGAAAACGACAAAAAAACAAAACAACAUUGUAUCUGUGAAACAUUGUUUGAGAAAAAAUAAACAACAAAACAAAAGGGCGGCUGAGAAGAAGUUCUGAGAGGUAUUGUGUUCAGAGCAGGUGUCGCACGAUUCCCAUUCGCAGCCUGAAAUUACGACCCUUUAUUUUGUCCAUGCAUUAGGCCUCAGAUAGCCAAGACACAAUGUCAUCUCCGCUAACAGAGACCUGCGUGGCCCCUGGCUCAAACGCCAGGGCUCGGUAAAGUAUUAGGGGAGCAGUGGACAAAGAAGCGAGGUCUUGUCUGCGCUCCCUGCAGCACAGAGACUGUCGUCUUUGGUGACGAGGUACCCUAACGGCGUCUCAGUAACGGUGAUGACACAUAGGGCCCCAUGACGACCAUCAUCACUGAGCUGUAGGUGCAUCCUCAUGUAUACUUGUAGAUCUCCAGGCUUUUACCUAACCUUAUCGUCCCAGCAGGUACGGCGCAAGAGAUGAUACUACUGGCACAUUGUCUGAGCUGAAACAUUCAAAUAGCUUCUCGGUGAAGGCAGAUGUUGGUCGUAGUGAAGAUAUGUAUGUUACUGCAGGUUGCUGUGAGGAGCUAACUAGCUGCUGUGGGGGUAUCAGGAAGAGGUGCCUGGCCCCCCCUUAGCCUUCCACCAAACGGUAUUGCGAGCACAAGCUCCUGGUGCCAUUAACUUGUACAGUUGCUCACAAGAGAGGGCUUACCGACAUUCAGAAACUUCCACCGAGAGUUCAGUGACGUCCAGGUUUGGGCCCUUCCGUUUCUUCGUCAUUGGUCCACGGCGAAUGUGGAGAUUUUGUUCUUAUUCUUUUUUACUUCUUGUUUUUUUUUGCACUGUCAUUUCUGUUACCCAGUGUAAAUGGAGGGCAUAUUCAGAAACUAAAGCACGGCAACGGAAAUGAGCGCGGGAUAGAGACAAUGCCGUCCGUUCAUGGAGUAGUUUCAUAAGUUGCAUGCUUGUCGUGAUGCGAUGUCCACCAUCACAUAGGGACUGUAGUUAAUGUUCUUAUUGCUAUUGUCCAGGGGCGUCAACCCCAUAACACGGCUGAUCACAUCGCCUCACGUCCUCUUUUUUUUGGUUUUUCCCCGCCAGUGUUUGUCGAUAAAUCCCGGUAGUUCCUUUUAUGACGGUGUGUUGACUAAACAGCCCUCCCCUUGGUUCGUGAAUCGCCAUCCAUUCGUGACGUUGUUCAGAGGGCUUUUGUAUAGCUGAGUGGUGUCAAUGGCUCCCACACUGUACAGAAAAGCCUGUAGUGUCCUGUGGUGACCAUUCUCCCAGCAUGCAUGGCCUUAGCGAUGGGAAUUAACCUGCCCCUCCUUCCCCACCUCCCCUCCGUUCCCCUUAAUGUGAGCAGGAGGAAUCUUGUUUCCCCCUCUCAAUGCCUGCAGUAUUACUUGUGCAAAUUAUUGCAUGUUGGAAAGACUUGCAAUUUGAUAUGUAAACGUCUCUAUUAUUAUCAUUUUGUUUUGUUUGUUUUCUAAUUUCAAUGCUUUUUUGCAUUGCUUUCUUGUGUUUUUUUUUCUUUCCUGAUGUAACCUAACUCCUUUAGUCCUCUCUUUAUACAGAAAAUGCCUAACAGAUUCUAAUAUAUAUUUGUAUUUCAUUUUGGUAUAGUAUUUUUAUAUGUUAAAGAGUUAAUCUGUGUUUUCUGGAAGUUACUAUUGAGAAAAAAAUGGCAGGAUGACAUUUGGUGGGCUUCCUCUGUGUUUUUUUUUGUUUGUUUUGUUUUUUUUAUUUUAUGUGAUUUGGUUCAUUUAACUCGCUCAUAGCACAGUACGAGCUACCGUAGUUUGUAAUUGGCCAAAAAAAACAGAAAAACGGUGGGCCUUGUUCUAAUAGGAGCCAGUGUGUUGAUUUUAGGGGAACAUUUAAUAUUGUAUAUGUUGUCUUCCAUGUGUAUAUUACAUCUAAUACAUUUUGAAGUUCUGUGUUCUUUUCUCUUUUUUUUUAUUUAUUUUUAUCUAA